UCUGAGAUACAUCCGCUUAAUUGAGUCGAGCCGCAGCACUCCUUUCUCCUUCCGCCUGUCUGUCCGCAGCAUCUCCUCCCGCUCAGGCAGGAGCGACAGCCCCGUGUUUUCCUCCAGGUCCAGCUGUGUGUGUAUGAGAGUGAGUGUCAGCGGGGAGAUCAGCUGCCUAUCCAUGCUCUCUUCCUAAUGUCACAGUUUAACUCAGCUGCUUGAAACACCGGCUGCGGCUAUGGGAGCCUUUGGACUGAUCGUGAGGAUUUUACAGUACGCGGGACUUUACGUUCAACUUAACGCGGGUCUGCGUGACGGAUAUGUGAAGGUGGACAAUCGCAUCUCUGGAAAUGCUCUGUUUACGGAGUUUCCCCAUGACGUUACGACACAGAUCGGUGAAGACGUGGAGAUGGCUUGCUCCUUCCAUGGGGCAGGCUCUCCCUCUUUCUCCCUGGAGAUCCAGUGGUGGUACAUCAGGAACCACAAAGGCUCACAAGGGUUGGCCUCACAAAUCUCUAACACAGUUGGGACCCUCGAGGAAAUGCCAAAAGAUGCCACCAAAAUUAGUGUGGUAAAAGUGGCCGGCAGCAACAUCUCCCACAAACUCCGUCUCUCCGGUGUGAAACCAGCAGACGAGGGCACCUAUGAGUGCCACGUCAUCGACCACAGCGGCCCGGUGGAGCAGCGCUACCGUGUCCAGGCCUACCUCCGAGUGGAGCCAGACAGGCUUCAGGAGUCUGAUGAUGCUCAGCUUCAGGAACUCGAACACUCCUCAAGGGGGAGUCGCUUGCAGCAGAACAGCGACCGGGAACUGAGGAAGAGAUCAGUUCACGCUAUUCCUGACUGCAGGGGGCGCUGUGUCCUUUAGAGUGGGAAUUGUUUGUUUGCAUGUUCAUGGGUUUCCUCUGUUAAAACCACCAGUGUGUAUUGGUUACCACACUAGUGGCUCUUUAUUUCUUGAAGGAUAUCCUGCGCUUAAUGAUUUGACUCUUUGCUUUAUCUUAUUGCUUGGAAGCCAGUGUUGUUGGAUGUUAUUUAAAGGGUUUUGCGUACCAGUACAUUUUUUUUGUUCUUAUUGUUCUUUCUUUAUUUCUACGUGCUUUUUGCUUUAAAAUUAUGUGAACAGCAACUGCAAGAAAUUAAUAAAGUGAAUUUUUUUCUGUUAUUUUAUGAUAAAAGAAAAAACAGCAAUGCAGAAAUUAUUAAUGCAGUUGCAGGAAAUGGAUCUGGAACCAGACAUUACAAACCUUCUAUAGAAAGACACAUAACCACUUAAUACAGAGAGUCGGACGUUAAAUCAGUCUAAAUUUUUCUGGUUUUAGGUCAUUUUAUUUGCUAAGUGCUAGAAAAGGAGCAAGAGGAUACUUCACAAAUUCUUUUCAAAGUGUUUUUCCCCUUUCGAACUAUGUGACUUUAGUGUAAAGUUAUUAGGUUAUGUAAUCACCAGAUUUGAUUUCUCACAAUUAUUCUAGUUGAUUUCUUUUCAUUUUAUUUUGUGGUGUCAUUUUAAAACCCCUCAACUGUCAUGAUGCUUGUGUUGUCAUGGAUACUGACUCACAUGUAAGCAUUUUGAGAGUGCCUCAAAACUUCCAUUUUUCGAUAAUCAGAAGUUUGCCAAAAGCUGCGAUAUGAUCACCUGGGUUGAUUGUUUGGUGAAUUUAGUGUAUGUAAAUUUCUUACAAUAGAGAAGAUUAAAAAAUGUCUCGUUGUUCUCACAUUUAGCAAACAGGAAUAGGUUUUGUAGUCCUAACUGACUAAACUAUGUAGUCUGAUUUAAUAUCAGUGAAAGAAAAUGGUUGUGCCUUUUUAUAUAGUGGAUGUAGAUGCCUGAUUCAAAUGAUUAUUUUUGGGUUUUUACCUUUGCUUAAGUUGUCUUUGACUGACACACAGCAGUAUUAUCAGUGUUAUUGUAAAAAUGCUUUAUAAAAAAAAGUAUAUUUAUUUUGUUCGUCUGGACACUAAGAAUGAGUGGCAGUCAAUUUAGAGUAUAUCGUUUGACUUUAAACCAGCUAUAUGUCCUCUAAUCACAUUGGGUUUUAAAAUCUGUUUUUCCGUAUCAAGCUGACCAUAAGCACUUUACUGUUAGUAAUCUUAUAGCUGCCAUUAUUCACAGUAUCAAUUUGUGUCUCCACUUUAACAGAGCAUGUAAUUUUGUGCUCCACUUGAAUUGUGUUAUUUGUGCUGCUGUCAUGUUUUUCUGUAAAUACAUAAUUCAAAUGUUGUUUUCUCUUCUUGUUUGGUGAUCUUGCUUGGUUCCUGAUUAGUUAAACGAUAAAUAAGAAAUUACAGGCCUG